ACCAGCAGAGUUCUGCUGACGAGCAACGGCGCAUGCGCACACACCUGACCGUGUGUAGCAGCAAAUUGGCAAAGGCCAGACCAGUAUCUGUACUGUCUAUAGCCCGUGCUGAGGUAGUUGGCGGCGUUUCGAGUUUGUGAAUGUCUUCCCACUUUAUCAACAACAUGUUCACCGGAGCUGCUGAAAAAAUACUCCUACAUCUCGAAGAAAGCAGCGUUCAACAUGAAGAAGAGCUCCGUCGUCAGAGCAGACUGCUGGAAAUCCUCUCUGACCCACAGACGAGGCCUCAAACUCUCCUUCUUCCCCAGUAUUUUCUGAGGAACCAGGAGAAGAACUCCAAUAUGAAGUUGAAAGACACAGAGCCCCCGCAGAUUGAAGAGGAACAAGAGGAGUUCUGCAACAGCCAGAAUGUAGAGCUGUUGGAUCUGAGGCAGGAGACGGAUAUCUUGAUGGUGACUCCUACUUAUGAGGAGGCAGAUCUCAACUGUCAGUAUCUCAUGACUCAGAGUUUAGGUACAACUGAUGAUCAGAAGGGUAAAGGAAACCAGCAUAAAGAAUCUACAUCGACUACAGACUCAGAGAAAAGAGACCAGAGAAAAAGAAGCGGUGUCAAAAACAUGGACAUCUUUCAUGAGUCUGGUCAGUCUGACACUGAUAAUAAGAAUAGGUCAGAAAAAGACAAUGCUGUUAUAAAAAACUCCAAGAAAAAGACUCUGACCAGAAAACAUCAAAAAACCAAAACAGAAAAAAAACAUUCUUGUGAAGGACAAGAUGAAGGUUUUACAACUGCUUCCAAUUUAAGAAGUCACUUGAGAGUCCACACAGGAGAAAAACCUUUAUCCUGUGAAGAAUGUGGUAAAGGUUUUACUAAAAAAAGUUACCUUACUGUUCACAUGAGAAUCCACACAGGAGAAAAGCCGUUUUCCUGUGAAGAAUGUGGUAAACGUUUUACUAAAAAAAGUCACCUAACUGUUCACAUGAGAAUCCACACAGGAGAAAAGCCGUUUUCCUGUGAAGAAUGUGGUAGAAAUUUCUCUGAAAAAAGUGUCUUGGCUGCUCACAUGAGAAUCCACACAGGACAAAAGCAGUUUUUCUGUGAAGAAUGUGGUAAAAGUUUUACUAAAAAAAGUUACCUAACUGCUCACAUGAGAAUCCACACAGGAGAAAAGCCGUUUUCCUGUGAACAAUGUGGUAGAAGUUUUGCUCGUGCUUCCAACCUAACUACUCACAUGAGAAUCCACACAGGACAAAAGCAGUUUUUCUGUGAAGAAUGUGGUAAAAGUUUUACUGAAAAAAGUUACCUAACUGUUCACAUGAGAACCCACACAGGAGAAAAGCCGUUUUCCUGUGAACAAUGUGGUAGAAAUUUCUCUCAUAGAAGUGUCUUGGCUGCUCACAUGAGAAUCCACACAGGACAAAAGCCUUUUUCCUGUAAAGAAUGUGGUAAAAGUUUUGCUCGUACUAACUACCUAACUGUUCACAUGAGAAGUCACACAGGAGAAAAGCCGUUUUCCUGUGAACAAUGUGGUAUAAGUUUUGGCCGUGCUCACACCCUAACUGCUCACAUGAAAACCCACACAGGAGAAAAUAGGUUUUCCUGUGAAGAAUGUGGUAGAUGUUUUUCUCGUGCAAACAACCUAACUAAUCACAUGAAAACCCACACAGGAGAAAAGCCUUUUUCCUUUUAAUGUCUUGGUUGACUUUUCUCUCAAAGUUAUCAUUUCCAAUUUAACACUAGAAGUCACAGAACAUGAUCAGUUUUUUAACUGAAGUUUAUUUUUUCAAACCUGAAAGCAGGAAAAUUCAUCAAUAUAUGACAUGUUUUAAGAGACAGUAUUUUGCUUCUCUAAAAAAAUCAUACUUGCUAAGAUUAUUUUUUUUUUGUGUUUUUUAAAGUCUUUCAUGUUAUUUUGGUUUUCUUCUGUCUCAAAGCUCCUAAGUUGGUUGGUGGAGUCAAACAGAAUUUUACCAAAUAAGCCUCUUAAGAUCAUCAGUGAAGACUCAGAUUUUUUGACUGCCUGCUACUGCGGAUGUGUUUUGAGUUUACAGUUAAAAGACAAUAAAGAUGUUUUCAUUGAUUUUA